UUGCCGGGAGCUCAGGAAGGCCCCGUGGAAGGCGGCCCGCCGGACCAUUCGUACUCCUUGUCGUCCGGCACCACGUCGGAGGAGCUGCUGAGGAAGCUGAACGAGCAACGUGACAUCAUCGCUCUGCUGGAGGUAAAGAUGAAGGAGAUGAAGGGCAGCAUCCGCCGCCUGCGUCUGGCCGAGGCCCAGCUCCGCGAGGAGAUCCGAGAGAAGGACCGGCUGCUCCACGCCGCCAGCGUCGGGGCCCGAAAGCGCCACGGGCUCUGAGGGCGGCCGACGCCUCCCGGGGCAUGGCCGGGCCCUGCUUGAACGCUGAGCCUCCAUCACCCCGGGACAGGGCCGCCACGGGCCGUGGCCUCGCUCACCCACAUGCGAACCCACCGGAUUCAGGAGAUGCCGAGGAACGCUGUUACAAACACAGCGUCCUCUUAGAGACCUACGCCAAGUCCGCUGGCAUCCUCUGUGUAGUUUGAAAUUGUUCUCAUUUAGGGCAUUGGGACCCCGUGUCACCACUAAGUGGAUGUAGGGUGUUGGUUUUCAGCAAAUAAACUGCGCUCAGUUGAGGUGGCAGGAACGCUACCCCCUGGAGAAGGCACGUCUGAAAGCAUGGUUGCCACUGUACCCAUCAUAGGAACGAACAACCAUGUUUUGCUUGGCCUUGCUUAGCAAAGGCAUGAGGAAAGCUUUAGAAAACCCUCUCAGGGUGAUGUGUUUCUUCAGUAAAUUACUGAUGCCAUAAAAGACUGCCAUUUCUAGUGUGAAAGAAUCCCAAAAUUUAAGAGUGCUCAUAUAGGCUUGGCUUUCUCAGCAGUACAUACGUAUUUGUUACAGUUGUCUCUGCUCUCAACACUAGCAAGGAUUGUGACCUGGUACAAAGAACCUGGUGGCAUUUGAUGUCUGUAGUUUAUCCCAGUGGCUUAAGAACUCCCUCUCGUGAAACACAGGCUUUGUAACACGUCGGAAUUUAAAUCCUUGGCUUUCAUUCAGCGAACUGGGGUGAAGCCAAAGUGAAGCAAACAUAUCUGCAGUGGUUGCAAACCCUUGCUGUCUAAUCCUAACCUAGUUGGCAUGACUAAUAAUCUGUACCUUAGGUAAGACCUUAAUGAAAUGUGCUUGCGUGUUUUAAACCAAGAUUUAAAAGUAUUGUAACAAAUUUACGUGGAAUGAUCGUGUAGUUUCUGUUUCUAGCCAGCGUUAGUCCCCUCGCAUUCAGCAACAGGAAACCAAAUGGAAGUUGGCCAGAAGGCUGUGGAAUGAGGGGAGUGAGGUGAUGAGCUUGGACUGAGCGAUGGAACGGAGCCCUUGGUGCUUUCCAGGAGGAGGGCAUUUGGCGUGCCGCUCUGACUCCAUCUCCGUGCGUACUUGGGCUGGAGGGGGGGACACAGGUUGACUAUUAUGUGUGUUGGGAAACAAAAGGCAGUUCACCACAGUGUGCCCAUAAUUACUUUUGAGGGAGUGCCCAGGUGGCUUCUGGGUCUGUAAGAUCAUCUUCCUGUACUUGGAAUGUGUUACACUUAGUAGGUCGAGAUGUCGAUUUUACUACAUUUUAUAUAAGUAUUUUCUAAAUGUAAAAAGUAUCUUUGGUUUGAAAAUAUUGUAAUCUUUGUAAUGCUGGCUAACAUAGCUUUCCAACCGUGGGUUUCAAUGCCCUCUGUAGGAGGGAACAAAAGGGCACAUUGGCAUCUGUUAGCUGGAGGUUUAUCUCUUGAUCAUGUAGCCAGUUCAGCUGAAGGCAUUGGUUGUCGGAGCCUGCUAUGUGAUGCAUGGGUCAUUUCUUUAUUGCUGUGUGUACUGAGUUGGAUGGUUGACUGUGAGGAUACUACAGGUCUAUUCAUGUACUAAGUAUUUCCUGUUAUUUUCAUUUUAAUUUAUUUUCUCUGAUAUGUAGCUCUAACUUCAGCUCUGCGGUGUACUGAUUUUCCUGCAAGUCAAGUAAGCAGCAAGUUUGUUUUGUUUGUUUUUUUGGGGGGGAGGGGGCGGUAGGGAAAGCAGGUACCUGCUACCCUAUCUGAUUUAGCAUAUGUAAUUGGUCCAGCAGAUCUAUGCUCCCAUCAAGACAAUAGGCAGCACAACGUCUCUCCUUACAAACGAGACCAUUUGUGCAUCCUAGCUUCUUGAGAACACACGUGUUUUAACAGUCAUGGUACUUUUUUACCAUUGGAAUGCACUUCAGGAUGUUCAGCCACUUAGCCCGCUGGACUGGUUAACUGCUGGACUGUUCGACUUCUCCAGGUUACACUGAGGUGCUAACAUGCUUAAUUUUAAUAAAGUAUAUUUUGUUUUGUUUCCUG